AUGCGAGCCACGGUCACUACUGCACUUUUGCUUUCAAGGACCUUGUUCUUUGUUGCUGAGACACUUGCAUAUCGUCAGCCGAUCAUCAUUGACACUGAUCUGUUUGGUGAUGUUGACGACGUUGGAGCCUUAACGGUAGCCAACGUGCUCCAGAACUGCGGCCUGGCAGAACUUAGAGGCGUCAUGAUCAACACUCCGUCAAAGUAUGGUGCACCGGCCGCAAGUUCAAUCUGUUCAUACUUUGGCAACGCAAAGGUUCCUAUAGCUGCUCUCCGCCCGUUAUCAAACGUGACGUUCUUCGAUGACUGGGAUUACGUGAGGGGCGAAUAUGCCAGCAAGGUUGCCUACAACUGGCCCGGACCUCUUACCAAUGCAUCCCUAGCUCCAACCCCUGUCGAGCUCUAUCGAAAUAUUCUUGCAUCGGCCGACAAUAACAGCAUGCAUAUAAUCUCGAUUGGUUUUCUUACUAAUCUUGCGAACCUGCUUCAAUCCGAAGGCGACGACAUCAGUCCUCUAAGCGGCUCUGAGCUUUUGACAGCCAAAGUGAGUGAAAUCAUCAUCAUGGGAGGUCGUUAUCCGUCUGGUUGGGAGUACAAUUUUGGGGGGAAUGACCCCAACAGUACGAUCUAUGUUAUUGAGAAUGUGCCCCAGACGAUCCCCAUCACUUUCUCUGGUGGUGAGCUAGGAAACAACAUUUACUCAGGGGACAGGCCUUUGGCUGAUGCCCUCACAUCCAAUGAGUCACCAGUGAUUUCUGCUUAUCAGUGGUACGUGACUCGAGGGUCCGUCCGUCGUGAGACGUGGGAUCCCAUUGCAGUACUGUACGGGGUGUUAGGUAUCGGCGGAUUUGCUAACAUCGGUCUGUGGCCGAUGUUGUCUUAUGCGAAUGAGGAUGGAUACAACUCUAUUACUGCAAGCAAUGCCUCCAAUGCAUGGGUCAAUGACACCAGUGUAACAAAUCAACACUGGCUGAGAUUGGCCGACGGAGUUAGCAACACGACCAUGGCCUGGGUGAUUGACAAUUUUCUUGUGCAUCCGCCUGACGUGUCGACAUGUCUUGCGUGA